AUGUCCAAAAGAAGCAUCAAAGAGUCGUUAUCACUGUCGGAUCAUGUUGAACGAAAGAACCGAAAAAUAGUAACAGAAAACAAACAAGAAAUUUCGCAAGAUGUAUUGGUCAAUGUCUUGUUCCGAUUUUUUGACUACAAGUGGUUGUUUCAGACGGCAAGUUUGGUGUGCCGAGAGUGGUAUGAAUUGGCAAAGAAAUCACAGUUCAAGCUCAACAUUGUUCUCUCGAAAAAUAAUCAUCAACCCUUUGUCAAUUGUUGUGCAUGUGGAAGAUUAGAGUCCAUUACCGAAUUUGUUGUGAGAGAAUUGACUUGGAAAAUUUUACAAGAAAUUUGCUCUUUCAAUAUUUCAUUCAAAUUUUUAGAAGUUUUAGAUUUAUCUCACAAUCGUAUUGGAGAUGAUGGCGUGCAAAUAUUAUCCAACCAUUGCAAAGUGUUUGAGACGGUAAAAAUUCUUAAUUUGAGCAGUAACAAGAUAUCACACAAAGGAGCUCAAUUACUAAAGGAAGCAACAUUUACAAGGCUCACGCAUUUGGACUUGAGUAUGAAUCCUAUUGGGAACGAAGGAUGCACGCAUAUAGCCAAUAUGGCAUUUGGUCCUUCGUUACUGAAACUCAAGCUGUAUGAUUGCAACAUCAGUGACAUUGGUAUUAAGAAUUUAUUGAAUUCUACAAAUUUAAAUUCUCUUACAUGGUUAAACUUACGAUUUAACAAGAUUGGCCUUGAAGGAAUUCAAUAUUUAGAGAACAACGGUCACAUCAUGUCCAAUCUUACCAAGUUAAAUCUUCGCUUCAGUCUUCAGCCCUCCUCAAAAGAUUACAUCAAAAAGAGUUCCCUUUUUACAAAAUGCCAAGUGAAAAUGUAA